AUGUCUCUCAGCCCACCUAUAUUACUUAAAGAAAGGGAAGAAAAUAAUUCAAGAUUUGUUGAAAAAAAACCACAAACUACUUCCAUAGAUGCGGAAGAUCCUCUUCAAAACUUAUGCUUAGCAUCGCAAGAAGUUCUUCAAAAAGCUCAGCAAAAUGGAAGAUCAAAAUGUCUUAAAUGUGGUGGUUCAAGAAUGUUCUACUGCUAUACAUGUUAUGUCCCAGUUGAAAAUGUACCUGUGGAGCAGUUGCCACUUGUGAAGCUUCCACUGAAGAUUGACAUCAUUAAACAUCCAAAUGAAACAGAUGGCAAAAGUACUGCUAUACAUGCGAAACUCUUAGCACCUGAAUUUGUAAAUAUUUACACAUACCCUUGUAUUCCAGAAUAUGAAGAAGAGGACCAUGAAGUUGCACUCAUUUUUCCGGGACCUAAGUCUGUCUCAAUAAAAGAUAUUUCUUUUCAUCUGCAAAAAAGGAUUCAAAAUAAUGUGAGAGGCAAAAAUGAUGACCCUGACAAGCCAUCUAGUAAACGCAAGAAAACUGAAGAACCGGAUUUGAAUGACAGCAAGUGCAAAGAGACAACACUGAAAAAAAUUAUAUUUAUAGAUAGCACCUGGAACCAAACAAACAAAAUAUUCACUGAUGAGAGACUUCAGGGGUUAUUACAAGUUGAGUUGAAAACAAGAAAAACUUGCUUUUGGCGCCAUCAAAAAGGAAAGCCAGAUACCUUCCUUUCCACAAUUGAAGCCAUCUACUAUUUCCUGGUAGACUACCAUACUGAUAUAUUAAAAGAGACAUACAAAGGACAAUAUGACAAUCUUCUAUUUUUCUACUCUUUUAUGUACCAGUUGAUAAAGAAUGCCAAAUGCUCUGGAGACAAGGAAACAAGAAAAAUUACUCAUUAG